AAAGAUGGUCAGCUGGACACGGAGUUCAGGCUGACGGUGGUUAUAUAGCUGAGGGGUAUGGAGACAAGGUUCUUGCGAGACCUCCUCCUGCUUCCCUGUUGAUCGUUGUGAAUACUCACUCGUUGGAUUCCCUUGUGCAGCUCUGUUACUAUCUAUCUAUCUAUAUACGGAUUUGCGAUCAUAAACCCUUUGUUCGCUGUGGAGUACUGUGUGAGAGUUAUACACAUCUUGUCCAGUUUUUCCCCCGCCGGAAACCACGAUGGUACAUCACCUCGACGAGACAUCGCCCCAGCGCGCAACUGCAGAGCGGAAACAAGACGGCACACAACUACCUUCCUCCACACAUCCAUCUCCACCCAAAACGCCAAAUCCCUCACAGCAUCCGCCCUACUCCUCCAACAACAACAACACCACCCCCCUCUACACCGAAAUCAACAUCCCCCUCCCACCCCUCCCAGCCACUCCCACAACAACCACCACACCCCUCAGCCCAACAUCACCAUCACGAAACCCCAAAUCCCACCUCCACUCCUUCUCCCCCUUCCACCGCCGCCGGCAUUCCUCGGGUUCCAGCACCUCUCCUCUACAGGUGCAACCGGACCGGACGCCGCCCCGGCCCGAACCAAGGAUCGAGCUCUCCAUGAGCGCGGCGGGCAAAGGGAGGAGGAAGAGGAGGGGCACGGUGGAGGCGGCGAUUGUGCCUGCGGUGAUGGUUUUGGGGGCUGAGUUGUUUACGCCGGGGAGGGCGGAGAGGGAGAGGGAGAGGGAGGGGGAGAGGGGGAGGGGGUUGGUGAAGGAUCGGUUGGAGGUAGUGCAGGUUGGUGGAGGGAGAUGA